AUGUCCGCACCUUCUCAACAUCGCCAGCCCAGAGAUCAUCAGCCAUCCGACUGCAUCGUUCGUGUUGCUCGUCUGUCUAGCUGCGAGCAUCAGCGACAGCGCCAACACCAUCAUCACUGCCACAUCAGACCAUGUCGCUGUACUACGCCUCGACACGAGGCACACAACGUCGACUCCGAGAGAGGUCCGAUAGACAAGCGGCUCACCGCAGCCUCUGCGCGACAGAUCGACAUCGCUCCGACACACACACACUCCGCGCCACCUUCGGCGUCCGCAUCGACGAGCCAUUUCCGUUCUCAGGACCACGCAAUUAUCAGCCCAGAACAUGCCGAAAGCAAGCACGCAAGAGCUUCGGCGCCGUAUCGAAGCAAGAGGGGCCGAGGGGAUCUUGACGCGAUCGCCGAUACGCGGCGCGAAAGUGCGCCGUCCAGCCUGGGUGGUGGUGCAUCCAGUGCUUCCGCCGACACGCACGCGCAGUGUAGGGGAUGCUGUGCUUCGGAUGCGACCAGCAGACAAGAGGAGUGGUCAAAGGUGUACUACGUCUGCAAAGAUGUGGUGGCCUCGCAGUCGGAUCUGUUCAGUGAGCUGGUGCAAGCACAGCAGGUGGGCUCAGGCGAGAUAGGAAGCAGAGCUGCUCGCAUGAUCGAGGUCACUCUGACCUUGCCAGACGCAACCAGCUUCGGGGUGCUGCUCGACUACUUUGAGAGCGGUGACUUUGGCAGAAUCUCUAGCGCCAUGGAGUCUGGAGAGGCUCGAUGGGAGAGCGUCAUGCUGAAUGCGCGCCAUUUGCGCGUCUCGGAGAUGCUCAAGAUGCAGCUUGGCGCGUGGUGGCGACACCAACAAAGCCGCAUGCACCGCGGCUCCCUACCUGCUCAAGCUGUGGCUCCACCACAUGCGGCUCAAGCGCAUCUCUCGGAGCCAUCAUCGUCUAGGCCUAGCCAGGCCGGUGCUCGUCCGAGAGCCUAUACUACUGGCAACGGAGGCAGGCCCAGCUUGCACGACAGGCUGAGCGAGUCCAAAAAGAUUCUGACGCCCAGCCGCGCGUUGUCCGUCGCAAGCCCGUCCAACGCAUCGCCCGAGCCCACACACGCAGCCAAACGGACAAGAGAAGGCAGGAUACGAUCAACGCCUCGGCGCGACAGCCGGCCAGAAGGCUUGUACAGUGUCACGCGCGCCGAACCGCGCGCACGCUCGCCUCCUCCCAUGCGCAAGACUCGCCCAGCCGCUCUCCAGGCGACACUGAGCAAGAGACCGCGAGCGCUAUCGAGCCUUGCGUACUACUGCUCCGUGGCGCCGGAAAGCAAAAUACCACCCACCUUGACUCGUUGA